CGAAGAUCCACAUGAUGGUCGGCCGAGCGUGGGUCGCUGUGGUUUUGCUGAUCGCUCUGGGCUCCCGCCACUCUCACGUGGCUGAGGCGCUAGACCCCAGCGCUCCCGCGGUGUACGAGAAUGAAACAUGGGCGGCGUGCCCGGACUACACGUGCAACCCGUGCAAGUUCGACGAGAAGUGUCCCCCAGUAAACUUUACCGGCAUCACUUCGAUCAUAUGUUCCUACAAGUACGAUGUGUGCGAUCGCCUGAGGGUCGAGCACCGCGCGUGCCUCAAGGCCCAGGCGCGCAUGUGCCGGCCCGUGGAGAAGCAGGUCAAGACUGUGUGCACCAAGGAGGUGAAGCGCGCGUGGACGAAGAAAUGCAAGGAGGACGAGGAGAAGCUCGACGCCGGCUUGAAGGACCUCAUGGCGCAGCUCGACGCCCUGCGCGCCCUCAAACCCUGCGCACCCUGCGCCGCCCCCGAACCCGCGCCGGAGACGUACACCCAGGAAUCGUUCACGUGUGGGUCCGACGGUGAGGUGACACUCAAGCCCGAGGUCAUCGGAGGCGGGGCGAGUAAGAAGGGCGGGUGGUUCGGCGGGAGCUCCGAUGCGAAGAAGGAGAAGAAGAGCCGGAGGGGUAAAUCCACGAACGCCGUCAUGAAUGCUCAACUCGGACUCGCUAAGCUCCGGGACACCGCGGCGGAUCUGCUCGUCGACGACGAGGAUGCCGUCAUGGGAGUGCAGGCGGACGUGCCCGAGAUGAAUCUCGAAGGCCUGAACAGCGCCAUGAGCCAACUGGACGAUAACAUCGCGGCGCUGGAAGAUCUCAUCCUCAAGCUGCAGCAGAAGAAGAAGGAAAAAGCGAAGAAGUGCGCCACGCCGCCCGAGGGCGCCGGGAUGGAGCGGCACGUGCUGAACCACUGCGUCGAGGUGGAGGAGACGGAGCGGUUGUCCGAGCGACACGAGGAAAAAUGCGCGAAGAGGACCGCGGAUCUCAUGGCGCAGUCAGCCAAGUUCGAAGCGCUCAUCUACGAAUCCGAUCGCAGAAUGGCACUCCUCGACGCCCUUCAGGAGCACGCUGAGGGGGUUGUCGAGGCUUACGGUGACGUCAACAUCACGUCCACCGCAUUUGCGCUCCUCGGCCACUCAUUCCUCAACGCUAACUUCACCGACACCACUCGAAACCUCAUCGAUGGGAUGAUGGUGAACGAGUCGAGCCUCUGCGCUGAGGUGCUGCCCACGCUGCAGUCAUCCGUUCUCGGGUUGGGGAUCUCCAAGGAUCAGAUCUGGUGCCCCACGCCAACAGGUACCUUCAUCGGCGGCAGGGACCUGCCAGACUGGGCGCCCCACUUUCUCGUGGGAGUUGGCAUCGUUCUCGGCUUCUUUGUCUCCGCCUUUAUUAAGGCGACGCCAGCCAUCUACGCCGUCAUGUGCGACCACCCCCUGCUCUUCGUGGUGCUCGGCGUGGUGGUGCUUGCGGGCCGGUUUGUGUGAGAGGUCUCCUUGCGGGAAGUGCGCCAGUGCGGCUGAGAACGCCGAACCGGAGAGUACGUACUCGAGUUGUAAUGUAAUAUUGUCGCCA